AUGAAUUUCAACUCGCGUAGAUCUACGGUGUACUCAACUCGCGGGAUCGUCUCGUCGACUCAGCCGCUUGCCAACGAGGCCGGCCUCAAGGUUCUGCGUGCUGGGGGCAAUUGCGUCGAUGCGUGCGUUGCCGUGGCCGCUGUGUUGUGUUUGACCGAGCCAAUGUCCACGGGCAUUGGAGGGUGUGCUUUUGGACUCUUUUACGAUAACACCGCCAACAAAGUGUUUGGGAUCAACGCAGCAGGCAAAUCCGCGGCAGCGUUGAGUCUCGACUGGCUUAAGGAGAACCAUCCCGACCAUAUCAAAGCCACACUGCGGCUCAAGGACGAUUCCGUGUUCGCUAUCCAGGUCCCCGGAAUUAUCGCCGGCUGGUGCGACGCUGUUGACCGGUGGGGGAGUGGGAAGGUGUCGCUGGCAGAGAUUCUCGCUCCUGCAAUCGACCUGGCCGAGAAUGGGUACGUGAUCUCGCAGCAGACGGCACUGCUGUGGAAAGGACAGGAAGCCAAGCUGAAGAGAGUCAACAAGAUUUCUGCAGAUCUGGCCGUUUUUCUGCCCAAUCAAGGCUUCAGCGCGCCAGUGGAGGGCCAGUUCCUGCAGAACGCACAGUUCGCAGAGACACUGAGGAAAGUCGCACAGCAAGGAAAAGCGGGUUUUUACAAAGGAGACGUGGCACGUGACAUUGUUGCGGAACUCCAGUCUCGCGGCCAUGUCAUGACAUUGGAGGACCUUGCAUCCCACGAGUCCCAGUUUGUUGAGCCCAUCUGUGUUUCUGUGUUGGGCCACAAACUUUGGGAAAUCCCGCCAAACGGGUCUGGUAUCAUCGCUCUUCUGGCUCUGGGUUAUAUCAACCAGCUGGACGCAGACGGAGUUAUUGAUUUGCAGUCGCUCAAACAUAACUCAACAGAGUAUCUCCAUGUCAUCAUCGAGUGCUUGAAACUGGCCUUUAGAGACUCAGACGACCAUGUCCACGAUUACCGGCAUUACAAGGAGUCCACGGGAAUUGAUCUUGAACCCGACCUGAAAAAACUGCUCCAUUCGUCCUACUUUUCCAAAAGAACCAAACAUUUCUCGAAAAGCAAGGUUUUGGACAAUAAUCAGAUCCCACGCGAGGUUCCUGACCCGUCAAUGAGAUCAGACACGGUGUACCUGACGGUUUCAGAUAGUGACGGGAACGCGUUCUCGUUCAUCAAUUCGUUGUACCACCAUUUUGGAAGCGGUAUAGUGGUUCCCAAGCACGGCUUUAUUUUGCAGAACCGGGGUGAUAACUUCAAUUUGAAUCCUGCCUCCAAAAAUUGUCUCGCUGGAGGAAAAAGGGCCUACCAUACAAUAAUCCCCGGUAUGAUUACCAAACAGGUUGAUGAUAAGGAAUUGCUGUAUGCAAGUUAUGGUAUCAUGGGCGGUUUCAAUCAGCCACAGGCUCAUGUUCAGGUUUACCUGAACAUGCUACUUUUUGGAAUGAAACCCCAAGAGGCCCUGGACGCGCCCCGGUUGUGCCUGGUGCCGCACCCCGACUUCCACCACACCGACAAUGGACUGGGAUCGGAUGGCCCCGUGAGCACACAAGUUUCCCUGGUGAACAUCGAGGACGGGGUUGCUCCCGAGGUGGUGGCAGGGCUGCGUUCUUUGGGCCAUGAGGUCCGCAUUUUAAGCAAUCAACAGCGUUCGCUCUUUGGACGCGGCCAGAUUAUUCGCCGUGAGCCAGAUCCGCACCACCUGGUGUACUCUGGCGGCAGCGAUCCUCGCGGGGACGGAGCUUCUGUUCCUUUCUAUUGA